CUACAAUCCAAACAGUGCCUUUCCCGAUUCCGUUAACUGCGACCGCAGCCGACACAAAGGCGGUCCAUAAAUUUGACGGAUAGGUGCCAACCAAGGCGGGAAGCAAAUAAACAAAAGGCAAUAUUCUGUUUGGAUGGAAGAAAAUAAAAAUAAAUAAAAACGAAGAAACAUGAUAACAGUGUUGCACCUACCUCGCACACUAUAAAAGGAGCCAUUCUCCCUUCACAUUUUCAGCACUUAUUUACUUCAAUCAAAUCUUCAAAUUUCCUUCUCUCUCUAAAAGAAAAUUUGUGUUAUUUGUAUGGCAGCUAAUUUGCAGGGUUCCAGACUGGCGAGCUUCGGAAAGCGAUUGGUUGGCGGCCAGAUCCGUUCUGUCAUUCCUUCACUCUCCAUCAGGAGGAGUGUCCACGUGUCGGUGUACGACAAGAACCCCGAGGAGCACAUCCGGGCGACUUUGGUCCCGGAUGAUGUGAUACCACCCCAGCCUGAGCAUUACUGGUCUCCUCACCCUCAGACCGGAGUGUUCGGCCCUGCCAAGGAUCACAGGGCGGAACGUGGGUUGCAUGUGAGAGCGGCUGCAGACUCGGUGCUGGAGCAGAAAGCCUUCUUCCGCCCUCUAGAGGACCUUGACAAGCCAAUCCACCAUUGAAACUAGCCCCCCCACAAAGCAGCAACUUCUUCACGCCCCUAUAAUAAUAGGCUCUUACUCUUUCUAACAUGUCUUUAUCAAGACACUACUAUUUGUAGUGAACCGGAAUAACUCAUCUUUCGCUUUUGGUCGAUAUGUAUACUUGUGUGGGUGGGGGAGAGGUUGCUUGUAGUCAAAUGAUGUUGUUAUGUUAUGUUUUCCAAAUAGUGGAUGUUGUAGCUUCAUCCUCUAUAGUUAUGAAAGAAGUUGUUUUACUUUUGGUC